CAUCAUCUCUCUUAACGCUGGUUUACAAAUCAAAGUUAAGAAAGCUAAAAGCUAUUCUUCUUCAUCUACAAUGUCAUCAGUGGCAAUUCAAUCUCUGAGCUUCUCUCAACGCUUGGUACCGUCCAGUUACCGGCUGUCUCCGAUUUCGCUCCCCCGCAUUUCUAGAUUAAGCUUCCCCAGGUUUUCCGUUCCACGUGUUCCUAAUAUCAAAUGCGUGUCUGUCUCGAGCAGCCCCUCCCUAGCUCAUGAAAAAACGAGAUUUGCUGAAGCUUCCAAAAAUGAAAAUAUUGUUCCAUUAUACCAAUGCAUAUUUUCGGACCAGUUGACUCCAGUAUUGGCAUAUCGUUGUCUCGUUAAAGAAGAUAAUAGAGAAGCCCCGAGUUUUCUUUAUGAGUCGGUGGAGCCGGGCUCUCGGGGUUGUACUGUUGGAAGAUACAGCGUGGUUGGAGCUCAGCCAACCAUGGAAAUUGUCGCCAAAGAGAAUAAGGUUACGAUAAUGGACCAUGUGGCCGGCAGUGUGGUUGAGGAGGUUGUUGAGGAUCCGAUGAUGAUUCCCAGAAGCAUCUCUGAGAGGUGGAAGCCUCAACUUGUUGAUGAACUUCCUGAUGCUUUUUGCGGGGGUUGGGUCGGGUAUUUCUCAUAUGAUACGGUUCGCUAUGUUGAGAACAAAAAGUUACCAUUCUCAAAUGCACCGGAGGAUGACAGGAACCUUGCUGACAUUCAUCUAGGUCUCUAUGAGGAUGUGAUUGUGUUUGAUCACGUGGAGAAGAAAGUCUACGUAAUUCACUGGGUGAGGCUAGAUCAGCACUCUUCUGUUGAGAAGGCAUACUUGGAUGGAAUCGAACACUUGGAAAAAUUAGUCAACAGGCUACAACACACUGACCCGCCAAGACUGUCCCCAGGUUGUGUAGAUUUAUGCACUCAUCAUUUUGGUCCUCAAUUGAAAGAAUCAAACAUGACAAGUGAAGCAUACAAGAAGACUGUUCUUCGGGCGAAAGAACACAUCCAGGCCGGGGAUAUUUUCCAGAUCGUACUAAGUCAGCGAUUUGAGCGCCGAACAUACGCUGAUCCGUUUGAAGUGUAUAGAGCAUUAAGAAUCGUGAAUCCAAGCCCAUAUAUGACUUACUUACAAGCUAGAGGGUGUAUUCUGGUAGGUUCAAGUCCGGAAAUUCUAACACGAGUAAAGAAGAACAACAUUGUGAAUCGACCAUUGGCUGGGACAGUUCGAAGAGGGAAGAGCACUGUUGAAGAUGAAAGGAUGAAAAUGUUGUUGCUAAGUGACGAAAAGCAAUGUGCAGAACACGUUAUGCUGGUUGAUUUGGGUCGCAAUGAUGUUGGAAAGGUUGCAAAAUCUGGUUCCGUGAAGGUGGAAAAGCUUAUGGACGUUGAACGUUAUUCUCAUGUCAUGCACAUAAGCUCCACAGUUACAGGUGAGUUGAAAGAAAAUCUCGACUGCUGGGAUGCCCUAAGAGCCGCACUGCCUGUUGGAACUGUUAGCGGAGCACCAAAGGUAAAGGCGAUGGAGUUAAUCGAUGAGUUGGAGGUAAAUAGGCGCGGUCCGUACAGUGGCGGGUUUGGAGGCGUUUCCUUUACAGGCGAUAUGGACAUUGCAUUGGCUCUAAGGACUAUAGUAUUCCAAACUGGAACCCCUUAUGAUACACUCCACUCGUAUAAGGAUGCCAACAAGCGCCGGGAAUGGGUUGCAUAUCUUCAAGCUGGUGCCGGUGUUGUCGCUGACAGUGACCCUGACGAUGAGCACCGCGAAUGCCAGAACAAGGCCGCUGCGCUAGCCCGAGCCAUCGACUUGGCCGAGUCUGCCUUCGUGAACAAAUAAGUUUAUUGCGGAAGAGGUGACAAGAAAACAGCCAAGGAAAGCGUUUUAGGCACUCCUUUGGAAAUGCGAGGCCACGAAACAAGAGGAAAGGGAGGGGUCCACCGAGGCCUCCAAUGCCUUCCUCUCCUUCAAAGAAAGACCGCUCCGACGAUGAUGACUGUUGACCAUUUAGCUAUGUUUAUCAGAGAUGUUAAUUUCUUUUCUAAUAUUUGUCCUCUUUUUGGUACUGCAUAGACUCUAUGUUGACAUUUGUAUUGUAAGAUUAGACUAUGGUUUAUUAAUCCUAAUUGCAUAUCUUUUCUUUGUA